AGGUAGCGUGAAGGUGGAGCGCAUUUCCAAUCCCUCACACAUCACGGCAACUGAUACCUUCGCCUCGCUCUCUCUCUCUCUCUCUCUCUCCGCUCAAUUGCCAAGGUUUUCGAUCCCUAUUUCGUAGCGAUUUCUGACGAGAUCGAUUCGAGUAGUUUAGCCGCGACGAAGCAAUUCUAGGAUAGCUCAUCUCUUGCACAGGGUGUUAAUAAUGCCGAUUAACAAAGAGAUUCAGUUUGACCUUACUGAUGGGCAUUCUGAUGCGUCUAUAUCUGGUGUACCAAUCAAGAAAAGGCUAUUUCAUUUGUCACAAUCAUCAUCUUCUACAUCCCAAAACAUAAGUGCAAUGCCAAAAAAAUUGAGUGAACAACCGAGGAAUCUCUUACUAAAAUCAGAAUCUUCUGUUUCUGAGAACUCUGCUGCUGUGAAACUAGACAAUAAUUUAACUCUUGAUGAUUCACUAGAGUCUUCCAUCAGAUUCAAUAGUUCACAUGGAAUUGCUUCCCAGGUUAAUUAUAGCCUGGUGCUCAAGGAAGGCACCACUGGAAGUGGGGAAUCAGGUAUGGAUGAUGAUAUGGAUGUAGAUAACAGGGCAUCACUAGGCUUGGAUAUGGAGAGAGGAAAGAAUUCACCAGAGCAAUGGGAAUCUGAGAUGCUCAAAGUUGAAAAAGGUGUUGGGAAAAUAAUCACUUCAAGUGAUGUAUCCGCAUCUCAAGGAGUUGACACUUCAGGUUUGUAUCUAUCAUGUCAGGAUAAGCAAUAUGGUCUGAACUUGUCGAAGAUAGUGAAAGAUGAAGUGCCUUUGUUGGAUCUGCCUGGGUUGAAUUUGCUGCAACAUCUUAGUUGGGCCAGUUACAAAGAUUUGGAAUCAAAACGUGCUCAAAAUUGGGAUUUGAAUUUUCCGAUGGACAUGUGGAAUACCAAUUUGGAUAAUUUAGCUACUAAUCAUGAGAUGAACGAUAAGUCAAAACCGAAGGAGUUGCACCUACCAAACAAUGAAAAAAAUCCCAUUCAAAAUACUAAAGAGACCCCAGACAGUUUUGGAUUAGGUUCAUCAGUGGUUGAGUCACAUCAAUGCAAUCUGAGAUUUACCGAAUUGGGAUUGCCUGCUGAUGGAACUACAGGCUACGUCGAUGGCUUAGACUUGCAGCUUAGGCUACCUAGCAGACCAGAGUUGCACAACUUGGGGAUAACUCCUCUUGAUCUAAGCCUGUCCUUGACAGGUAAUCCUUCAGAUGCAUCUUCUACAAUUGCGGAAUUUAAAUCGUGUAUGAACCCUAAUCAGAAUGAAACUAGAAGUCAUCAACUUAGUAGUUUCAACUCUGGUGUUGUUACACAAGUGAAAUCUGAACCAUGCGAUAGAAAUUUCUCUGUGGAAAGUGCUCUGAUUGAGGACUCAUCACUAGGUAAACAGAUCAAACCAGAACCACCUGAAGAACUUCAGGAGUCUCCAAAUUUGGUCUUAGGUAAUAACCAGCUAGGCUCUUUCACACAACUACCAACAACUUUGGAUUCUAAUUCUUUGCAUGACGCAGAUAUGCUUCAUGAAUGUAGUCCAACUUUGCUUAGUGUUGCAAACACAAACAUGGUAGGAAGAACUUGUCUAGACUUAGUUCUUUCUGCAGUAACAGAUUCUAUGGUACUUUCUAAUGCUGAGGAUGCGCCUUCUACCAGUUGCCUUAACCAAGAUGCAGAAGGAAAUUCUAGCAAACCAUUGGAUUCUAAUUCUUUGCAUGAUGCAAAUAUGGUUCAUGAAUGUAGUCCAACUUUGCUUAGUGUUGCAAACACAAACAUGGAAGGAAGAACUUGUCUAGACUUAGUUCUUUCUGCAGGAACAGAUUCUAUGGUACUUUCUAAUGCUGACGAUGUGCCUUCUACCAGUUUCCUUAACCAAGAUGCAGAAGGAAAUUCUAGCAAACCAUUGGAUAAUUUUGUGGAGUCAAUUAUUUCUGAUGUGAAAGCAUGUACUGCAGAAGAUACAGUCACUCGUGACAUUGGUGACAAGGUUUCUUCCCUGCAUCAAAAUGCUGAUCCUAAAGAACCCAGGGCCUGUGGUGAAUUAUCUGGAGGAGUUGAAAUGAGCCUCUUAGAUGAUGCAUCAAAAUGCUUAGGCAAUAGCAAUCUUGAUUCUGAUCCUAGAAAAACUAAUAUAGUGACUGGUGGGAAUCUAGAAGGCAUGGAAUUAGCUGUGAACGUUCAGAUAGAACAGUAUGUUGUUACUGCACAAGAGCCUAGUGCUCCUGAAGAUCCAAAGAGUGCAAGGAACAAGAUUACCAGUGAUGGAGUUGGUGAUGAUGAAGAUGGUGUGCCAUCAUUUGCAAAUGAGGUCCAAUGUCAGAUUAAAAAAAAACUGGAUGCUAGUGUUUCUAUUGCCUCCAUCGGUACAGAAGGUUUUCCCUUCAUGACAGAUGUGCAUGCGGAUAGUAAAGGAGAGGAAUUACAAGGUGAAAAGUUAAGUGGUCAUAGUGUUGAAAUGUGCCAUGAAAAACAAGAGACGACCAUUGACUUAAAGACAGACUUGCAUGAAUUGCCAAUUACUGCUGAAUUGACUUCAUAUGCCAGUGAAAAGCCUGUGGAACCUUUUCAAGGAACAAGAGCAAAACUCCUUGGAAGGGAGAAAGUCUUGAAAAUGAAUUCAUGUUCAAUCAAUGCAUUUCCUGAAAUUGCAAAAAACAAAAAUGAAUAUGCAGGAGGUCAGCAGAUGAGCACAAAAGUUGUUAGUGUGGCAAUCAAGCAUCCAGAAGUGCAAGAUAGGGAAUCAAAUGUUAAUAAUACGGCAACUAAGCAUGUUUAUAUUCCAUUUAAACAUAACCACAUUAAGCAUGAUGGCAACAGGUACAAGAAUAGAGACAGUGACAAGACAAGUUCACCUUCAACUAAGUCAUUUGAUUACAGGAAUACUACUUCUGCUAGGUCAGUUCCUGAUGUCAUGGAGAAGGAAAGGUUGAUUGCUGAUAAUGAGAAGCAUGCCAAUUUAUAUUCUCAAGGGAGAAGGCAUUCAAAAUUAGAAACUAACAAUCAUGAUCAGACAACUGGCAGAUGUGAAUCUGAUUACAUGAACAAUAGAAGGAGCUAUAAUCAUCAUUUUAAUCGGGAUCCCGAGGUCCAGUAUGGACCAGGAAUUAGUAAUCCCAGAAAAUCACGACAUCGGAGGCAUAAUGAAGACAUGGAAAUUCCAUUUACUGGUCCUCCAAAUGAUAGUUGCUAUAGAUCAUUGAGAAGGAUGACAGACUAUCCACUGGAUCGUUCAUCUCGAUUUCCAGCUUGGAGGCCGUCCCAAGGGCGCAGAGAGGAACUGAGUGGUAGACGUCAAGUAAGAGACAUUGAUGCCAACAGGAUUGUUGGAAGAGAAAUUGAUGAUUACCUGAUUUGCAAGGAUAAAUUUGCAAGUUUGCCUGGUGAAAUGGUAGAUAGCUUGCUACAUUCACACCCAAAUCUGCAUUAUGAACCCACUGAGAAUGACUUUCUGUUGAGGGGCAAUAGUGUUUCACCUACUAGAUCUCCAGUACGCUUGUAUCGAUCACGUUCGCCGACUCAAUGGUUUUCACCUGGAAGAACACCUGAAAUGUACAUUGAUGAUGAUACAGAUUUAACAGCACGUGGACCAUCUCUUGAUAGAGUUGACAUGAUUAGAAAUCUUUCAGAAGCUGAGAUAACGGGUAAGCAUACUCUACUUCGAUACCCUCAAUUGCAGACUGAGAUGAGAGAAAUGCAUUUGGCUAGAGAACUUGAUUUAGCAAGGGCUGGUAGAGUUUUGAGGAAUAGAAGGUACGAAAUGAAACUACGUGAAAAUACAGAAUACCCUGAACCUACAUACUCUGAGGAUCAAAUAGUUUAUAGCAGGGAUUAUGAUGACAGGCAUGGACUUGUACGGACACAACAUUUUGCUAACGAUGAUGAUGCCAACCUUGUUUUUACUGAUGAUGAUCAUUGUCCAGGUUCAAGAGAAUAUGAUGAUAGGCAUGGAUUCAUUCAACAGCCACGUCGUCUUCCAAGUACCCAGGAUGAUAAUCGCGCUCAUAUUGGUGAUGGCUAUCAUAGAUCUUCUAAGUUUUUCCGUGACAGUGAAAUGAUUCAUAGUGGGAGCAGCUCCAGGAACUUCCACAAUCAUGAAAGAAAUCAGCUCGGUCCUAAUAGAUUAAAGAACAAGGUGGAACAGGAAGAAGAUUACAGAUACCAUCGCAAACAACGAAGGUGUGAUGGUGGUGAUGUGAGGUUGAAAAGGCGAAAGUAUUAGAACUGUUUGCUUUGCAUGCAUUCACAGCCAACCAUAUGUGGUCAUUUGGCUUAUUUUAGCACUUCAUCCAGAUGGAUCCUUUCCUAAGAUGCCAAGGGACAAUCACAGAAAAUGAUAUCGACUCAUGUGGAUCGUUUCACACAGUGAUUACCGAGCUGCAACAGUUUAUAGCUACUGAAUAAAUUGUGCUUCAGCAAUGCUGAUGCUUACUGCUGUCUAAACAUCUCACAGUAUUUCAUCAGUGAGCAAUAAAUUUGCUUUGAAUACAUCCGAGGUUUACCCUUUAUGCCUUGUGCAAUAUAAUUUCUCUCUCUGCUAACACUUGCUAGAAAAGGAUGACCAACCUGUUUUGUUGGAAGCUAUCAAAUACGUGAGGAAUCAUUGGUGGUCAUGGUUGGCACCUGUUCAAUUUGUUUGUAAUAUUUAGUAGGAUUUCCUAUUGAGCUGAUACAGCUGAAACUUUGACCAUUUUAAGCCCCGUACGCAUAGAAGUCAUCUUCACGGACUAGUUUGUUGUUCGUACUGCUUUUGUGUUAGAAAUUACAAGCAGAUCUCUUCCAGUCAAUGGAAAAUUGGCCAAGAUAAGCUCAACAGCAAUGCUACUGGUGGAAUUUUGCCACUCGUUAACUAAUAACUUUAGAUUCAACAAGGGGAUAUACUUAAACAGAUGUAAAUCCUUAUGCUGUGUUAGCCUGAAACUUUUGGUUGCAAGGUAAAUGUAUAUGAAUUGGAACAGAAGAAACACAGAAUCUUGCAUCCUGAAAAAAAAAUAUUUUCAAGUAUCAAAAUUUUGGGCAAGAAUAGCAUAGGCGAAGAUGGAGUAAGGAUGCAAAGCCCAUUUCUCGCAGGAGGAACACGACCGGAGGGACAUCAAAAUCAAAGUCUCAAAGAAUCAAAUAUUACUAUGAUGAAUAUGUAAACAAAAAGGAGAUUAUGAUGCUUUUUUUGAGAAAAAAAUAAAUCAAAUUUACAUUAGAUCCUUCUCUGCAUCGUAAAAUGAUGUCAUACCCAAGGCAAUUAGAGAAAGAGGAAGACUAGAAGACUAACAAGUAGUAUGGCCCUUGAUUUUUUUUUCAAGAUAUAUAUCCAAUCUAAGAUGAAAGUUACAUUAAGAUCACCUCUCAAAACAAAAUGAAUCACAAUUAGAAUCCUUCAAAAUAUCAGCUCCAAUACAUAGUUGCAAUCCUGUUUCAUCCAUCAACUAUAUGGAGUUUAUAGAUAUCCAUAUAGUUUAUUUCUCUGAAUUUUACAAG